CUCAGCUCUUCUCCCAAGGCAAGCACCUGAAACCGCACUCUCUGGGACUGAGUCCUGGCCUUCUGUAAGCAGCCAAAUUUGGGAGCCCUGUCUCCUAUCACACUGGUCACAUGGGUCCCGGGGUCACCUGCCCAUGGGGCAGCCGGCUUUCUGGCUUCCAGGUGAGGACGUGGAUCGAGCCUGUGGUGGCUUCAACCCAGGUGGCCAGCUCCCUCUACGAUGCAGGACUACUCCUAGUAGUGAAGGAGUCUUUCGCAUCCGGGGAUGGAGGCGCUUCUAAUAAUAGUGCCAGCUACUCGCUCAGGGGGCAUCAGGAGGACCAACAACAGAAGGCCGUCUCCAAUUUCUACAUCAUCUACAACCUCGUGGUGGGCCUGACGCCCCUGCUGUCUGCCUAUGGACUGGGCUGGCUCAGUGACCGCUACCACCGCAAGAUCUCUAUCUGCACGUCGAUGCUGGGUUUCCUGCUGUCCCGCACUGGACUCCUGCUCAAAGUGAUGCUGAACUGGCCGGUGGAGGUGAUGUACGGAGCAGUGGCGCUCAACGGGCUAUGCGGGGGUUUCUCCGCUUAUUGGUCCGGGGCCAUGGCACUGGGAUCCCUGAGCUGCUCUGAAGGUCGUCGCUCCUUGCGCCUCAUGCUCAUCGAUUUGGUCCUGGGUUUAGCCGGGUUCUGUGGGAGCAUGACCUCGGGGCAUCUCUUCAAGCAGAUGGUUGGGCACUCGGCGCAUGGCCUCCUAUUAACUUCAUGCAGCGUGGGCUGUGCGGGGUUUGCCCUUUUCUACAGUCUCUUUGUGCUGAAGGUCCCUGAGUCUGGGUCCAAGCCCAACAAGGUGCACCCUACCGUAGAUACUGUGUCUGGCAUGGUGGGCACCUAUCGAACUCUGGAUCCGGAUCAACAAGACAAGCAGGAUGUACCAGGGACCCCUCCAACUCCUGGGAAAGGGAGGACUUCCCGAAACAUUGUUGUCCUGCUAUUUGUGGGUGCCCUCGUCUAUGACGUGGCCCUUGUGGGCACAGUAGAUAUCAUGGGCCUUUUUGUGCUAAAGGAGCCUCUCAGUUGGAACCAAGUGCAGCUGGGCUACGGGAUGGCUUCUGGAUACAUGGUCGUCAUCACCAGCUUCUUGGGUGUCUUCGUCUUCUCCCGCUGUUUCCAGGACACCACGAUGAUCAUAAUUGGGAUGGUUUCCUUUGGGUCUGGAGCCCUUCUCAUGGCCUUUGUAAAGAAGACGUACAUGUACUUCAUUGCCCGAGCCAUCAUGAUGUUUGCACUUAUCCCCACCACAACCAUCCGAUCGGCCAUGUCCAAACUCAUAAAGGACUCUUCCUAUGGGAAGGUAUUCGUCACACUGCAGCUAUGUCUAACCCUGACCGGGGUGGUGACAUCCACCAUAUAUAACAAGAUCUACCAGCUCACCCUGGACAAAUUCAGCGGCACCUGCUUCAUCCUCUCCUCCAUACUCUCCUUCUUGGCUACUGUCCCAAUUGGCAUUGUGGCCUACAAACAAGCCCUGAGGAAGCAACAAGGAGAGAGCACAGAGAAAUGAAGCAACUGAAAACACCAGCGUUGACCAGGUUCUGCCCAUGAAACCCAAGUCCCAGCCUUCCAAUGACCGGCUGUGGC